UUGCUGCCGACUUUUGUGUCAUCUUGUCAUUCCUGUCAAGCGUUAAGCGAUUUCCGUUUAGUGUAUGACUAGAAUACUAGAAAUAAAUUAAGUGAACGACACGUUAAAUGUCAGUAAUUAACGAUGGCGAUGCGAGAAGGUGAUGCUAAACCGGCUGUGAUCGUUUUAGGAGGCUGUGGAUUUAUUGGCCGAAACCUCGUGGAGUAUUUGGUGGAUAAUGAAUUGGUCUCCUUUUUGAGAGUUGUCGACAAAGUUCCUCCUCAGACGGCAUGGCUCAAUGCGAAACAUCAAAAAAUAUUCGACCAUCCUUUGCUAGAAUUCAGAAGUGCUAAUCUAAUUAAUCCAGUUUCGUGCCAAAAUGCUUUUGCAGCAGAUGCACACAUUGAUUAUGUGUUCAACUGUGCUGGAGAAACUAAAAGUGGGCAAACGGAUCCCGUUUACAGAGAGGGAAUUUACAAGCUAAGCAUGAAUUGUGCUCAGCAAGCUGCCAACAUCGGCGUUGACCGAUUUAUCGAAAUUUCUUCGGGGAAUCUUAGCUCUUCCGAAAAGGUACCACAUAAAGAAGAUGAUCCCACUGAUCCAUGGACUUUCACUGCAAAACACAAAUUGCAAGUGGAAUCUGAACUGAAAAAUAUUCCAGGAUUAAAAUACACGAUUCUGAGGCCUGCUAUCGUGUAUGGUCCAGGGGACAGAAAUAGUCUCGCUCCUCGUUUAAUAGUCGGAGCUGUUUAUAAGCACUUGGGAGAAAUGAUGAAGUUACUCUGGGGACCAGAGCUUCACAUGAACACUGUUCACGUGAAAGACGUUGCUCGAGCGAUUUGGCACGUUGCAGAUAAAACGGAAGCUAUUGGCCAAAUAUAUAAUCUUCUAGACGAAAGCGGUUCAACCCAGGGAACUAUUAGUGCAAUUAUUUCUGAAAUAUUUAACAUCAAUCAUGAUUAUUGGGGAAACGCCUUGUCUACUUUAGCCAAAGCGGACAUGAAUACCGUCGUUGAGGAAGUUAAUGAUAAGCAUAUGGGACCAUGGGCCGAAAUAUGUAAACACGAUGGGAUUGAAAAUAGCCCUUUAUCUCCGUACAUAGACCAAGAACUUCUUUACAACAAGCAUUUGUAUUUAAGUCCUGGAAAAAUCUCAGCGCAAACCGGAUACAAUUAUAUGUAUCCGAAGCUCACAAAGGAGGCACUUAAAGAAGUCCUCGACGACUACAUCGCAAUGAAGAUUUUCCCCCACUCUAUAGUUUUAUAAGCCCAUCUGUCGAUAAAUCACGUGACAUCACAUUUUGACGUCCAAGUGCAGAAGCAUUUCACGUUGUGCCUAAAAAUUCGCAUAGUUAUGAACCUUUUUUAUACCCAGUGGUACGACGUUUCGCUUUAUCCAGAGUCAGAAAUAAAGAUACACUGGAAAUCCCAUUUAAGUGCGGUUGCGGGCAGGGGUGAACUGGGGAUCAAGGGCCCCUAAAUUGAAUAAUUUGUUGCAUAAUUGAGUUUCAUAAGUGAUGUUUGCGGGGGCGCACCGGGGAUUUUCCCGGUUGCCCAGUGGCUCAGUCUGUCCCUGGUUUCGGCUGUGGUCUUAAUGGCCUUCACUUAAAUCCAGCACAAGAUUCGCUCGCUCCAAACGUAAACAGUCAGAGCCACGUGAACGGUUUCUGUUGGUUUUGAAUUGGAUUUUGCCACACUUGACUGAGCAGCCUCUUAUUUCGUCCCCGAGACUCGUCUCGUUACGAAACUGCCGAGGCAUCAAUUCUCGGAAGGGCGUACAAGGGAGAUACUUAAAUGGGAUUCCCAGUAUGUUAACGUUCGGCCUAGAGGCGUAUGUGAUAAAGUAGCAAUUUAUGUACUUAAUUUUAUUGCUCAGGAAAGUUUGGCUCGUCAUGACACAUGGCACUAGUCAAUCCCAAAGGAAUUUUAGGGAUGAUAUAUACGAUUGAUAAUGAUAGGAAUUUUAUAGGGCGAAGUUAAAUGCUUGAUCCAUUAUAUGUUAACUGAGUAUUAGACUUAAUCUGCAUUUAAUCUUAUACAGAUUGUCACAAAAGUCCCGGGACGGCUGAAUGUUUCCUCAGAUAAGAUAUUUUUCAGGAGGUCAAUUUCAUUUUUGAAGUAACUUUCAACGAGGAAAUCAAUGGUGUCCUUUAAUUUGAUCUUGACGAUGACCUUCGUGGUUUUGUCAACCUCAACUUUUUUUUUUAUGAAAUCCCUCUUUUUUUACAUCGGUAAUCGAUAGAGCGAGAAAUUUCACGUUCAAAUAUGUACCCAGGUCAAAGGUACAUUGUAUCCUUGAAGGUCACUCUAAGGUCAUUUUGUUCAUAAUGUCAUCAAACUUAUUCGAACCUAAAAUUGACAGAUCUAUCGACUGCCCAUGUAAAAAAGGAAGUUUAAAAUGGGAAAAAUUGACCUUGAAAUUACACUCAAGGUCAUCGUCAAGGUCAUGCUUAGGGUUACUACUGAAUAGGCCUUGUUAAAGUUAGUAAUUUUGCUCCUUACAAAGAAAAUUUGAAAACUAAAUAUUCCCAGGCUUGUUUAAGUUUAAAUGACCUUAAAGUGACCUUUAUGGUUACAAUCUACUUAUGACCUGGGCAAAUAUUUAAACGUAAAACUUCCCGCUCUAUCGAUUGCCGAUAUAAAAAAGGAAGAUUCCACUAAAAAAAAAAAGUUGACCUUGAAAAAAACCUUGAAGGUCAUCGCCAAUGUCAAAAUAAAAGUCACCAUUGAGCUCCUCGUUGAAAAUUACUUCAAGAAUGACCUUGACCUCUCUGAAAAAUUAUUAAGCCGUCCUGGGACUUUUGUGACCCCCUGUAUAUAGCGUAGGCAUUUAGCAAAUUUAGACAGUCGGCCGACUGCCUAUGCAUUUAGGAAAGUUUUGUACAAAAGUUUUACCUCGCGUCUAAGUGCCUGGUUCCUCCAGGCAUUCAGAAUAAUAUUCAAAAAAUAAUUUUUUUUAAAUGACGAAAUUUACCAUUCAAGAUGCAUAAUUUGCACUCUGAACGCAUUUCUUGAGGUAUGUAUAUUUAGUAAAUAUUUCAACGUAAAAUAGCCACAUCUGCGAGUUUCCUGGAAAAGUUAAAAUUUAAAGUAGUAAAAUUGUUUUAAUUCCAGGAAAAAUGUGUGCUCAGAGUUCAAAUGAAGCAUUCUAAAUAAUAAAUUUAGCCAUUUACUAACAAAAAACGAUUGUCCUUUAUUUCAAGGUACAUAAUUUCUUUUAUUUCUAUAAAUAAUAUUUAAUUAUUAUUAAUUCAUUAUUUAAUUACUAUAAAUAAUGAUUCAUUAUUUCUUGAUUUUAAUGUUUACAGAC